UUUCACAGCCCACCACAAACGUGAAACGUGAUAACUGAUAACAAUUGUGAACACACGGUCCGAAAUCCGAAUAGGGUUUAACUACGAUUAAAAAGAUAAAGCCCUUUUUUAAAUUUAACUUUUAAGUAAAAAUUACCUUCUCACAAAUUCAUUAUGAAACCUUUAAUGUUACAAGGGCAUGAGCGUGCCAUUACUCAAAUUAAAUACAACAGAGAGGGUGAUUUAUUGUUCUCGUCUGCUAAGGACGUAACACCAAAUGUUUGGUAUUCAUUGAAUGGUGAGCGUCUUGGUACAUACAUUGGCCAUACUGGAGCUGUAUGGUGUAUUGACGUUGAUUGGAAGACCACAAAAUUUUUGUCUGGAGCUGCUGACAACACCUUAAGACUAUGGGAUGUUGCUACUGGUGUGGAAAUUGGUAAUAUUAGUAGUAAUUCUGCUGUACGUACAUGCUCGUUCAGUUACUCAGCUGAUCUCGCCAGCUACUCAACAGAUCAGGCUAUGAAACAAGAUUGUGAAAUUUUUAUAGUGGAUGCUCGAGAUGACGAAUCUUUUAAAAGUAGUGCUCCGAUUUUGAGAAUGACUGUACCAGAUUCCAAAGUAACUUCUUUAAUUUGGGGUACAUUGGACCAUACAAUCAUUACUGGACAUGAAGAUGGUGCCAUUACUCAAUGGGAUUUGAGAACUGGUAAAAGCAUAGAAACUGUAAAAGAUCACCAAGGAUCAAUCAACGACAUGCAAAAGAACCGACAAGGUACUAUGUUCGUUACUGCAUCAAAAGACAAAACCGCAAAAUUGUUUGAUGUUGACGAUUUAUCAGUCCACAAAGUUUAUGUGACUGAACGUCCUGUCAAUAGUGCUUCGCUUUCACCCAUAUACGAUCAUGUUGUAUUGGGUGGUGGUCAAGAUGCUAUGGAUGUAACAACAACAGCUGCACAAGCAGGAAAGUUUGAUGCCAGAUUCUUCCAUGUAAUUUUCGAAGAAGAAUUUGCAAGAGUUAAAGGUCAUUUCGGUCCAAUAAAUUCAUUAGCAUUCCAUCCCGAUGGUGAGAGUUUCAGUACUGGCGGAGAGGAUGGUUUCAUUAGGGUACAAUCAUUUGAUCCAUCUUACAAAGAAUUUAGAUUUGAUUAUUGAUUAUUUAUUUUACUGUUGUCAAUAAUUAAAAAAAAAAAAAAAAUAAAAAAUUUCUAAAAAAUAUUGAA